AUCGACCGACGUCUUGGUUGUUGGACUGGGUUAUAAUGACUUGACUUCUGCUAAAUGAACCCGUGGACUAGUAUAAGUUUUUCGCAGUGGCGUUUUUAUUUCAUAUCGGGCGAGCACCGCUAAGGACCUAUAGCGUCGAGUGAGAGUUUUUUCGUGCGUUGUGGCUGCGGUGGCGUGAUGGAGAAGCAGUCGAGGUGGUCGGAGCAACGCUCCGUGCAGCAGCACUCCGAGCGCCGCGAGCAGAUCGUGCAGCAGCAGGAACGCGUCCAGCGGACCCAGCACUUCACUCAGAUGCUCACGCAGCAAGUUGGAACUGUUGGUGGCGAUCGUGUACCCAUCACAGCUGGAAGGCCAGGGGAACCGUCUCCACCUAUAUUCGAACAAAUAUUUAAAAAUGCUAGAUUUGCCCAAGGCGGUAACGCCAAAUUCGAAGGGAAGCUCAGAGGUAAUCCAACGCCAGUGGUAUCGUGGACCAGAAAAAAAGCACCAUUAGUAGAAUGUAAUAAGUACAGUAUGAUUUACAAUGAACAGACUGGUGAUGUAUCGUUAUUAAUCAAACAAAUUGGACCCGGUGAUGAGGGAGAAUAUACGUGCACAGCAAGAAACCAGUAUGGUGAAGCUAUCUGCUCUGUGUACAUUCAACCCGAGGGUGUACCUGUGCCUACGCAACAAGCAUCUCAACAACAAAGUUACAGACACGUAAGUGAAAGUGUUGAACACAAAUCAUAUGGAACUCAUGAAUAUAUGACAGAACAAUCACAACAGUCACAAAAAUUUGCGUAUACCAAUGGCACUGACCAUUCAGCUUCUGAAGACUUUAAAGUUGAUACUUUUGAAUAUAGGCUGUUAAGAGAAGUUUCCUUUAGAGAAACAAUUACGAAAAGAUAUAUCAGCGAAAGCGAUAUCCAGGUUAGUACAGAAAUCGAUAAGUCCCUAGGACCUGUAGCUCCACCAAAAAUAACUCAAAAGCCAAGGAACUCUAAACUUCAAGAAGGAACUGAUGCACAAUUCCAAGUACAACUCUCCGGUAAUCCCAGACCUCGUACAACGUGGUUCAAGAAUGGCCAAAGGCUAGUAAACUCUUCAAAACAUAAUAUAAUAAACACGAACAAUCAAACGAUACUUAGGAUAAGAAAUGUACAAAAGUCUGAUUCUGGUCACUAUACCUUGCUGGCUGAAAAUCCUAAUGGAUGUGUCGUUUCAUCAGCGUACCUUGCUGUCGAAUCACCUCAUGAGACAUACGUACAAGAUCAAAAAUCUCAGUACGCAAUGGAUAACAAUCAGCAAAUUGAGACUGAAAGAAUAGAAACUAGUGAAAAAGCUCUCGCUCCGCAAUUUGUAAAAGUCUGCCAAGAUCGCGAUGUCACGGAGGGCAAAAUGACGCGAUUCGAUUGCCGCGUCACCGGCAGACCUUACCCAGAAGUCACGUGGUUCAUUAAUGAUAGACAAAUUCGAGACGACUACAAUCAUAAAAUUCUAGUUAACGAAUCUGGUAAUCACGCUCUUAUGAUUACCAAUGUCGACCGUAGUGAUAGUGGUGUAGUAACAUGUGUCGCAAGAAAUAAAAGUGGAGAAAUUUCUUUCCAGUGUAGAUUAAAUGUAAUAGAAAGGGAACAAGUUGUCGCUCCAAAGUUCAUUGAACGUUUUAGUACUCUGAGUGUACGUGAGGGUGAACCUGUAAUAUUGAAUGCCCGUGCUGUUGGCACGCCUACACCACGAAUCACAUGGCAGAAGGACGGUGGUCCGAUUAUACCCAAUCCUGAAUUACGAAUCAAUACCGAAGGUGGGGCCUCGACAUUAGAUAUUCCGCGAGCUAAGGCGUCGGAUGCGGCGUGGUAUCAAUGCACGGCUCAGAAUGUCGCAGGUUCCACCGCCACUCGGGCAAGGCUCUACGUUGAAGUUCCUAAGGAGCCUCCGCCUGAACAAAAACGUCUGCACUUACCACGGCCUACAAAAAUAAUUGAGCCAGAGCCUGCACCUGGACCCGAAAUUAUUUAUUUGAGGCACGUGGAAAGAGCUCGACCAUAUGUCCCUCCUGGCGAGGAAGAUCGAAUUUAUCCACCGCCGCAGUUUAUUGUGCCUCUAAGAAGUGUUACUCAAACUGAAGGUGGAAAAAUACAUUUCGAGACGAGAAUCGAACCAGUGGGUGACCCCACCAUGAAGAUAGAAUGGUUAAAGAAUGGUCAAAGUAUAGAAGCCAGUUCCAGAUUUACAUCAAUCUUUAGGUUUGGUUACAUAUCUCUUGACAUGCUCAGUCUUAAUAUUCAAGAUAGUGGUGAAUAUACAUGUAGAGCUGUCAGCUCUACGGGCAUCGCAGAAACGAAAGCAAUGCUACAAGUUACUCCAAGAGCCACUAUUGAACGCACUAGUCAACAUCCUGAAAGUUUACAGUAUAUACAACACUUGGAAGAUUACUCUAAAUAUCAACAUCAGGAGUCUAUUGAAGAACAAAUAUCACAACGUCCUCAGUUCAUAAGGCCACUUCAAGACCUUGGUGAAUUACAGGAAGGUAGGAACGCUCACUUCGAAGCUCAACUAACCCCUGUAAGUGAUCCAACAAUGAGAGUGGAGUGGUACAAGGAUGGCAAAUCAAUCACAGCCAGCUCGCGAAUCACAGCAAUCUUCAACUUCGGAUACGUUUCCCUUAACAUCAUGCACCUACGGGUUGAAGAUGCAGGUUCGUACACAGUUAGAGCUGUGAAUAAACUUGGUGAAGCCAUCAGCACUGCAACUAUCAGAGUAGCAGCAAGAAGUACCGUGACUGAAGAUCUCGGCAUACCUGAACAGAGAAGAUACAUAGAAAAGACUGAGCAACUUGAAGCUUAUCAACAACAACAACAUCAGAGAUAUUACCAAGAAGUACCUGAAAGUACGCAACGACCAGAGUUUAAAACUCCAAUCAAAGAUCAGAUGAACAUUAAGGAAGGUGGAUUCGCCCACUUUGAAGCUCGUCUUGAGCCAGUUGGGGAUUCUACGCUAAGGGUAGAGUGGUUGAAGGAUGGACGCGCCGUUGAAGCAAGUUCAAGAAUAACCACAUUCUUUAAUUUUGGAUAUGUAGCUCUGACUAUUAAGUCUGUUACCAUCCAUGAUGCUGGUAACUAUACGUGUAGAGCCUAUAAUGCUUUAGGCCAAGCGACAACUAGUGCUAAUUUGACAGUUGUUACAAAGAAAGAUGUUAUUGCUGAAUCUCAACACCCUGGAGGCUUAGAAAAGAUUCAGUACUUAGAAGAUUCUAGCAGAUAUUUAAAACGAUCAGAAGAAGAGGUUAAAGUAACCCAAAAGCCUAGAUUUUUGGGGCCACUUAAAGGAACAAACAAGAUUGUCGAGGGACAAAGUGCUCAUUUCGAAGCAAGAGUUGAGCCUCAGAGCGAUUUGACUAUGAUAGUAGAGUGGUACUUUAAUGGAAAGCAAAUAAAAUCAGCUAAUCGCAUUCAGACAUAUCAUGAUUUUGGCUACGUCGCCCUGGAUAUAACAAAUGUUAGGGCUGAAGAUGCUGGUGUCUACACAGUUGUUGCGAGAAAUGCUUCUGGAGAAGCUCAACUGAGCGCUUCUAUGGUUGUUGAAACGCGAUCCAGCAUCGAUACUACGAGCAUCCACCAUGGAUUAUAUGAGAAAACUCGUCAAAUGGAAGAAUCAAAGUUUGUUGAACCAAUGUACCACAUAGAAGAAAUCUCGAAAUCCAAACCAGUCUUCGUGCAACCCUUGUCAGAUCCUAAAUCGAUUUCAGAGGGGAAGAACAUUCAUCUUGAAUGUCGUCUUGAGCCCAUGGGAGAUCCUACAAUGAGAGUUGAAUGGUAUCAUAACGGCAGAGCUGUGACCGUGGGCUCUCGGUUUAGAACGUACUAUGACUUCGGUUUCGUAGCUCUAGAUAUAAUUCAUGCCACAUCUUCAGAUUCUGGUGAGUACACAGUAAGAGCUGUUAAUCAUUUAGGAUCUGCACACACAUCGGCUAUGGUACGUGUAAUUGAAAGAUCAGACAUUGUGACGGAUACUCAACAUGAGCAAGCAGUUGAACAGAUUCAAAUGCUUGAAGACGCAGCGCGUCGUACCAGACAAGUGCAAGAAGAUAUAACAGUGAUGCAAGCGCCACAAUUCUCAAGAGCAUUGCACAAUAUCGAGACAAUAGAAGGAACAAAUGUGCAUUUAGAAUGUCGUUUACAACCUGUUGGAGACCCAACUAUGAGAGUAGAAUGGUUCUGUAAUGGCAGGCCCAUAAAGACAGGACACCGAUUCAGACCUGCUUAUGAAUUCGAUUAUGUCGCUCUUGACCUUCUCAGUGUCUACCCGGAGGAUUCUGGUGUCUACACAUGCCAAGCCACUAAUCAGUUGGGUGAAGCGGUUACUUCAUGUGCAUUACGGGUUAUGGCGAAAAAGGAUUUAAUCUUUGAAUCCCAACAUCCUUCCGGAUUGGAAAAGAUACAAUAUCUAGAAGAUGCCUCUCGAUACAAAAAAUCUGAGGUGGUCGAUGAGUCGAUUCAUGUGAAGCCGCGCUUCGUCACUAAACCAAAGUCGGUGGAAAAUGUAAAAGAAAGACAGCAUGUGCACUUUGAAUGUAAAUUAGAACCUGUCACAGACUCAAAUUUAAAAGUAGAAUGGUUCAAGAAUGGCCAACCAGUAACUAUUGGUCACAGAUUUAGACCUAUUCAUGACUUUGGUUAUGUAGCGCUCGAUAUCAUUGAUUGUAUUGCAGAAGAUUCUGGAAUAUACACAUGUCGUGCUGUGAACUUACUAGGAACCGACGAAGUAAGCUGCAAGCUUACUUGCCGUGAAACUGCAGAUAUUAUUCGUGCCACUCAAAAUGAAGCCGGAUUAGAACAAAUACAAGUAUUAGAAGAUAGAUCUCGGUAUCAAAGAAGCGAUUUUGUCGACGAAGUAACGACACAAGCGCCCUUAUUUACAACAUCUUUGAAAAACAUUGAAAUAAAAGAAGGACAACGUGCCCACUUCGAGUGUAGACUGAUUCCAGUUUCUGAUGCUACGAUGAAGGUAGAAUGGUAUCACAACAGCAAACCUCUGAAGAGUGGAUCUAGAUUUACUGAAACCAAUAAUUUUGGUUUUGUUGCGCUUGACAUCAUGUCUUGCUUACCGGAAGAUUCCGGAGUUUACACUUGUAGGGCAAUUAACGCUCUUGGAGAAGCUGUCACUUCCGCUACAGCUGUCGUACAUUCGAAAAAAUCGAUUUAUUUGGAAUCACAGCACCAAGAAGCAUUGCCGCGGUUGCACCAGCUAGAAGAUACUUCGAGGCACCACAAGCCUAGCGCUCCAGAAGAUGCUGUGUCACAAGCUCCAGUAUUUACUAUGCCUAUGCGAGAUAUUAGAGUAGCCGAAAACCAAGCAGCUCACUUUGAGGCAAGAUUGAUUCCUGUUGGCGACCCAAGACUUAAAGUAGAAUGGCUGCGCAAUGGCGUACCUAUAACAGCCUCAAACCGCAUAACCACAAUGCACGACUUUGGUUAUGUCGCUCUCAACAUGAAGUAUGUUAAUCCCGAAGAUUCAGGCACUUACACUUGCCGUGCUGUAAAUGAGUUAGGACAGGCGGUGACCUCGUCGACUUUAUUCGUACAAUCUAAAGCAUCCCUACUCUUAGAGUCCCAAAACCAAGCGGCUUUGCAAAAAAUUCGUCAGCUGGAAGACACAUCAAGAUACCAGCGUAAAGAAGAUAUUGAAGUUGCAGUUAACCAAGCCCCUCGUUUUGUAACACAAUUAAAUGGGCCUAGCAAGUUAGUUGAAGGGCAAAGUGCGCAUUAUGAAUGCAGAAUAGAGCCUUACCCAGAUCCAACAAUGCGAGUUGAAUGGUACUUCAAUGGGAAGGUUCUUCAAAGUGGCCAUCGUUAUCGUACGGCCUUUGACUUUGGCUUUGCGGCGCUUGAUAUAUUAACUGUGUAUGGAGAAGACUCUGGCGAAUACACGUGUAAAGUUAUCAAUAAUUUAGGACAAGCAACGUCGUCUAUUAACUUAAAUGUGCAAUCUAAGGAAUCAAUCAUCAGAGAUACGCAACACCAAGGUGCAUUAGAGAAGAUCCAGUACCUUGAAGAUGACAGUCGUUACAAGAAGGUGGUCCAUGACGAAGGCUUUAUUGCGGAAAAGCCUCAAUUCGGUAAACCUAUUAAGAACGCUGAAGCGCCUGAAGGUCAACCGAUACAUUUAGAAGCAACUUUAACUCCAGUGAAUGAUCCUACAAUGCGAGUUGAAUGGUAUUGUAAUGGAAGGCCUAUUCAACAAGGUCAUAGAUUCAAAACAACGUAUGACUUUGGAUACGUGGCUUUAGAUGUGUUGUACGCUUACGCAGAAGAUUCUGGAACGUACAUGUGCAAAGCUAGAAAUGCUGUUGGUGAAGCUGUUACGACAAGCUCUGUGAAAGUAGAUGCUAAAGCUGGCCUUUACCUUGAUACAUUGGAUGAGCAACGUCUCAGGAAGAUUCAAGAGCUGGAAAAAUACGAAAGACCUAAACCGAGUGAGGAAGAACAACCAGGUCAAAGGCCUGUCUUCCUGACACCUCUAACAAACCUUGAAAACCUGAAAGAAGGUGAUCACGCUCAUUUCGAAUCGAGAGUAGAACCAAUCAAUGACUCAGAUCUCAAGAUUGAAUGGUUCCUUAAUGGCCAAAAAAUUAAGACUGGCCACAGAUUUAGAACGACUCAUGAUUUCGGUUAUGUUGCGUUAGAUAUUUUGUACACAUAUGCAGAAGAUUCUGGCACUUACAUGUGUAAAGCGACAAACAAACUUGGAGAAGCAGUUAAUACCUGCACGUUAAAGGUUGCAGGGCACAGAAAUAUAAUUUUAGACACUCAACAUCCUAAUGGGCUUGAGAAAAUCAGGCAGCUUGAAGCCCAAGGUCACACAUCAAGAAUGGAGGUAGAAGAACCCAAAGCAUACCCACCCAGAUUCGUGACUGAAUUGAGAGGAACGACACAUGUAUUUGAAGGACAAACGGCUCAUUUCGAGUGUCAAGUUGAACCUGUCCAUGAUCCCAACCUUCGUAUAGAAUUCUACCAUAACGGUAAAGCUCUGCAAUCUGCGUCACGAUUCCAUAUCACUUUUGACUUUGGUUACGUGUCUUUGGAUAUACAGCAUUGCGUACCAGAAGAUGCUGGUGAAUAUUCAGUUAAAGCAAUAAACGCUCUCGGACAGUGUACUUCCACCAUAUCCAUGACAGUAACCGCAAAAGGAAGCAUUAUUUCGGAAUCUCAACGUCCAGAAGGCUUAGAAAAGAUCCGAGAAUUGGAAUCUGCUGAACCAUUUAAGCGACCGGAAAUCCCAGAACCAGUGACGAGACAAAGGCCAGUGUUUACACAACCUCUUCAGAAUAUUGACAAUAUCCAGGAAGGCCAGACUGCACAUUUGGAUUGUAGGUUGAUACCCGUUGGCGAUCCUACCCUUAAAGUGGAAUGGUUUAGGAACGAGAAACUUAUCGCAGACAGCUCUCGAAUAACUAAAACUCAUGACUUUGGAUUCGUGUCCAUGACAAUUAACCACGUUCGCGAUGAAGAUGAAGGAGUUUAUAUGUGUAGAGCAUCUAAUUUACUUGGAGAAGCUGUGACCACAGCUGCAAUGAAAAUCAAAACUAAAGCCGCUAUCCAAUUGGAAACGCAACAUCCAGAGGGUAUGAAAAAGAUCCAAAAGUUGGAACAACCCCAACCCAAAAAAGGAGAAGAACCUGACAGAGAAUUUGAAAAACCAAUAUUCACACAAGUUCUAACAGGACCUUCAGAAUUGUGGGAAGGCCAACAUGCUCAUUAUGAAGCCAGAGUGGUACCCGUUGGUGAUCCAAGUUUACGUUUCGAAUGGUAUAUUAAUGGAGUCGAACUUAAGAUGGGUUCGAGAUUCCGUACUACUCACGAUUUCGGUUUCGUCACAUUGGACAUCAAUUCAGUUGUAUCUAAUGAUGCGGGCUUAUACAUGUGCAAGGCUAUUAACAAGGCUGGCAGUACAGUAUCCUCAACUUCACUUAAAGUAAAGACAAAAUCUACUAUUAUUGACCAGGCCAUGCGACCUGAAUCAUGGGAGAAGAUCCAACUUAAGGAAGCAUCUAUGAACCAAGUCCCAGAGAGAUUUGUAGACUUGGGAGUACAACAAGCACCUAUAUUCACCACACACUUACAAAGCUAUGAUAAGCUCGUUGAAGGACAACAUUUGCAUCUCGAAGCCCAAGUGGAGCCACGUACAGACCCACAUUUGAGAAUUGAAUGGUUCAAAAAUGGAGUUUCUUUAACCACAGGUUCCAGGAUUAAGAGUACUUUUGACUUUGGCUUAGUGACUUUGUCUAUUAAUAGUUUAAGACACGACGAUUCUGGUAUGUAUACCUGUAAAGCCGUGAAUCAAAUGGGAGAAGCUGUUUCUACAGCAUCAAUAAAAAUUGAAGAUCGUCAUUGGUUACUGGGUGACACUUUACACCCUGAAUCUUUAGACCGUAUUGGCGCUUUAGAACAACCGAAACAAACUAAACCAGAUUCUCCUGAACCUGUGUAUGAAACUCCUGUUUUUAUUACUCAUUUGAACAAUAUCCUCUGUAAAGAAGGAGACAAUAUUCACUUCGAAUGCAAUGUGGAACCAUCGCGCGAUCCGACUCUUAAAGUUGAAUGGUUCUUUAACAACAAGCCUUUGCCAUCGGGUACAAGAUACAAGAGUACACAUGACUUCAGUUACGUGUCGCUUGACAUAAUGCAUACGUACGAGGAGGAUUCAGGAAUAUACACAUGUAAAGCCACAAACAAUAAAGGAUCUGCUACAACUUCAGGCACCUUAAGAUGUACUGGUGAUAAACAAAUCUAUCUUGAUACUCAACAUCCUCAAGGUAAGGCUGGUUUAGAAGCUGUGGAACAAGCAGAAGAAGCUAGAUUAGCCAAAUCAAGACGAUCAUCUGUACCUGACAGUGAAUAUCCGAAACCAGAAUGGAUUGUUCCGAUUGUGGCUGAAUGUCAACUUGUAGAAAGUCAACCACUUCACUUGGAAGGACAAGUUGAGCCAAAGGAUGACCCGGCCCUGAAGAUAGAGUGGUACUUUAAUGGCAAGGUUCUAGAACAUGGUUCGAGGUUUAAGCUUGCUAGCGAUUUCGGUUUUGUUACUUUAGAUUUGACUGAUGUAUAUGAAAGAGACAGCGGCAUCUAUACUUGUAAAGCAUACAACAAGAGAGGUGAAGCUUUCACUUCUUCGACUAUUUACUGCAGUAGCAAGGAUAACCUCAUUGAACGUACUCAACAUCCCAAAGGCAAAGAAGGAUUGGAGAAGAUUCAAAACCUUGAAGACUCUCUCCGAAAGGAGCCCUCGCAGAAGCCUGAUGACGAUACAGGUCGACCACCUGAAUUCACUACGGUAUUCCAAGAUAUCUUUGAUAUUAGUGAAGGACAGAUUGCCCACUAUGAAGCAUCUCUCAUACCGACCGGUGAUCAAACCAUGGUCAUUGAGUGGUUCUAUAACGGAAAGACAAUUGAAGCUAGUCACCGUAUUCGCACUGUAUAUGCCUUUGGUAUGGUUGUUCUAGAAAUCCUUGGUACAAAGACCACUGAUUCUGGUAUUUAUUCAUGCCGUGCCACCAACAAGUGGGGUCAAGCUGAAAUAAGCGUCAAACUCGAAUGUGUUGACAAAAGUAAAGGGCAAAAACCACGAUUUACGACCCACAUACAAAAUAUUGAAGGUCUCAAAGAUGGUCAAUCAGCUCACUUUGAAUGCACAGUUGUCCCGGUAGAUGAUCCUGAUAUGAAGAUCGAAUGGUAUCAUAACGGACAACCUUUACGACACUCUAACAGAAUCAAAACUAUUUCUGACUUCGGUUUUGUAGUGAUGGAUAUAGCAUACACCCAAAACCACGAUACAGGAGAAUAUGUUUGUCGGGCAUAUAACAAAUACGGUGAAGAUUUCACUAAAGCGACGAUAAAUUGUUAUGGAAGAAGUGGAGUUUACUCAGACAGUUUACAGCCAGAUUCAUUGGCUAAAAUACGAGAGUUAGAAAGUUUACAAGGUUUACAACAUCAAGCACCAGCACCGGCUUCUGCAGUACCUCCUAAAUUCACAACUCAAAUAGAAGAUGUCACGAAAUUAGUAGAGGGGCAAAGUGCUCACUUUGAAGCGAGACUGAUACCAGUGGAUGACCCCGAUCUGAAAGUUGAAUGGUACUAUAACGGAAAGAAAUUACCACAUGGACACCGAUACAGGACUUUCCAUGACUUCGGUAUUGUCAUAUUGGACAUACUCUAUUGUUAUGAAGAAAACUCUGGUGAAUACGAAUGCAUUGCGACCAACAAAUUAGGCCGUGACUCAACAAAGGCUACAUUAAAGUGCACGUCGAAAGAAAAUUUGAUCUUGGACUCGCAACUGCCGCGGGGCAUGGAGGGUGGAUUAGAAAAGUUACAGACGCUAGAAGAUUCAAUGAUACGAAGAAAGGAUGUCGAGGUUACAGAAACGAAGGGCAAGGCGCCAGUCUUUACUGUUCCAUUAUCUAACAUCGAGAACCUAAGAGAAGGUGAAAACGCUCACUUUGAAGCUCGUCUUACACCAACUGAUGACCCCAAACUAAAGAUUGAAUGGUACUGGAAUGGCAAGUCCUUGAAAGCUGGUUCGAGGUUUAGAACUUUCUGCGACUUUGGAUUUGUUAUUCUUGAAAUAUCACCUACAUAUCCAGAAGACUCUGGAGAAUAUAUGUGCAGAGCCUACAAUAAUUACGGCGAAGCUGUCACCACUGCCACAAUGAAAGUACAAGGCAAGAGGAAUAUUAUAUUGGAAUCCCAACUUCCUAAAGGCAUGGAGGGUACUAUUGAUAAGAUUGCUGCUUUGGAAGGUUACGCCGGGACUGCUGAUAACCUAAGCCCCGAAGUUGAAAGUGGUAACCCACCCGAAUUCGUUACAACGCCAUCUGAUGUUAUUUUGAAUGAGAAUUCUUCGGCUCAUUUCGAGUGCCGCUUAAUUCCCGUCAAUGAUUCCAGUAUGAGAGUGGAAUGGUUCCACAACGGUAAACCACUUCUCACUGGAUCCAGAGUAAAGACUAUCAACGAUUUCGGCUUUGUGAUCUUGGAAAUUGGUGGUGUGUACCAACGUGAUGCAGGUCUAUAUACUUGCAAAGCUACGAACCGUCACGGUGAGGCAACAGUUUCUUGUAAACUACAAGUUAAAGGUAGACAAGGUAUUAUAUUAGAACCACAAUUGCCGUCGCACUUCAAAUCGGGUACAGAAAGUAUCCAAAAACUGGAAGAAACACUUCACAAACGAGAAGAAAUUCCAAUUGAAGAUGAGAAACCAAACCCACCGAAGUUUAUCGUGGAAAUUAAGGACAACCUCGAUGUAGCCGAAGGUGGACCAAUUCACUUUGACUGUCGCGUAGAACCAGUUGGCGACCCUACAAUGAGAAUCGAUUGGUUCCACAAUGGCAGGCCUUUUGCAACAGGCUCUCGUGUCCAUAUGCUCAAUGAUUUUGGAUUUAUUGCUCUAGACAUCGAUUACAUCUACGCUAGAGAUUCAGGAGAAUAUACAUGCCGUGCAACUAAUAAAUGGGGUUCGGCCACCACUACCGCUAAAAUCACAUGCAGCACCAAGCGAGAUAUCAUUUUCGAAUCUCAGUUACCGCAAGGAAUGAGUGGAGAGAAGAUCAAGGAACUCGAAAAGGGUCGCAUUAGUGAUGGACCCAAAGAAGAACCUGUUAUCAAUAGUCCACCAAAAUUCGUGACCCAGAUAAAAUCACACACAAUCGAAGAAUCUGAGUCAAUACGGUUCGAAUGCCGCGUAGAACCCAAAGAGGACCCUAGGCUACGUAUCGAGUGGUACAGGAACGGCAAACUACUGCCAUCUGGACACCGUUUCCGCACAGUGUAUGACAUGGGCUUUGUUUCAUUGGAUAUUCUAUAUGUAUACUCCGAAGAUUCUGGAGAAUACGUCUGCCGCGCUGUUAACGAUUUCGGAGAAGAUUUCACUAAGGCAACAGUGUCUUGCAAACGCUUACCUGAUAUCAUUCUACAAAAUCAAGUUCCCAGAGGCAUGAAGAAGACCGAAGCCUUAACUCAAAUGGAGGCUACUAUUAAAAAAUACACCUCUGAAGUGUUCUUAACUGAAGAAGAUCUAUAUGACGUUGAUAAAAAGCAACCACCUCGGUUUGUCACUCAAAUCCAAAGUCAAACAAAUCUAGUAGAAAUGGAAAUGACUAAAUUCGAAUGUCAGCUGGCGCCAGUAGGAGAUCCUAAUAUGAAAGUAGAAUGGUUCUUCAAUGGCAAACCGUUGCUACACAAAAACCGUUUCACGCCGAUCUAUGACUUUGGCUACGUCGCCAUGAAUUUCGGCUGGGUGUACCCAGAGGACAGUGGCGAGUAUCUAUGCCGUGCAACUAAUUUGUACGGAAUGGACGAGACUAGGGCAGUUAUCAAGACCGCAGGAAAGCCCGGCAUCGUUUAUGACUCACAGUUACCGAAACACAUGAAGAGUAUCGAGAAGAUACGGGAAAUGGAAGCAUCAUGGCAGGCAGUCCCAGAAAAACCUGGUGAUGAGGUGAAGGAAAGGACAGCGCCAGUAUUCGUCAGCAAACCCGAACCAGUGACGGUAGAGGAAGGAGAAUGGGCCAGAUUCUGCUGCCGCGUCACCGGACAUCCGAAACCACGUGUUAUGUGGCUUAUAAACGGCAACACUAUUGUUAACGGCUCUAGAUAUAAACUGACAUAUGAUGGCAUGUACCACUUCGAUAUACCAAAAACAAGGCAAUACGAUACGGGUAAAAUUGAAGUAAUUGCCAGGAGCUCCGUAGGCGAGGCCCUUGCUACGACCGAACUUAAAAUAAUCCCACGACACGAUGACUACAGAAGCGUAUUGAAGAAUGCGCCAAGACCUUGGUACGACGAAACAACGCAAUAUCAACGAUCUGACACUGAAUUAGAGAAAACCUUCGAGGAGAGACAAACCAUGCAGCGGAAGGGCGUCAUAGACCAUCGACCAGAACUCAAGCAGAAAAUUGUCAAAGAACCAGAUACGGAGUGGCAGCAAACAGUAAAGAAGAAGAAGAGUGAGGAGUAUUACAACAAAUUGCAGGAAUUGGAAAAUGAACAAAUUGUUAAGGAAAGUAGAUUGCGAGAAUCUUCCCAUCAGUACGCUGUGUCUGGUGACAAAGUUGCCAGCGCCUCAGUUGCAAGAAGCAUGGCACAGAAAUACGAAGAUAACUUGGAACAAACAGAAGAGGUCGUGGAAAAAGAAGUAACUAAAAAGGUUCAGAAACCUAGAAUACCUGAUCCACUAGAAUCGACUGUUCACGGUAAAGAAGUGCAUGUUGCCAAGCAAAAACAAAUACAAAAGGAAGUUGUGGGAGACACAGAAAUAACUCGCAAGAUCACAUCGACAGAAACUACUGAAGUUGAACAUAAAGCUCAAACUCAGGAGAGAAUAGUUGAAGGACCUGUGAAACCUUCCAAUCCACCCGUAUUUACGAAGAAAAUGCAACCAUGCCGUGUUUUUGAACAUGAACAAGCAAGAUUCGAAGUCGAGUUUGACGGUGAUCCAUUGCCAACAAUUAAAUGGUACCGAGAAAACUUCCCAAUAAAGAACUCAGCUGAUUUCCAAAUUCACACAUUCAGUACAAAAUCUAUUCUUAUUAUUAGACAAGUGUUCAUUGAAGAUUCAGCGGUAUUUGCUGCAGUAGCCGAAAACCGAGGCGGAACUGCUAAAUGCAGCGCCAACUUGGUUGUAGAGGAACGUCGACGACAGGGCAGGGGAGGAGUAAUUCCUCCAAGUUUCACAUUGACAGCCCAAAAUGUCAACGUCACUGCUGGACAACUUGUAAGAUUUGAUGCUAAAGUCACUGGUACAAAACCGAUCGAUGUGUACUGGUUGAAAAAUGGCAAGAAAGUCCAACCAGAUAUCAGAAACAAGAUCCUAGAAGAAGAUGGAACUUACACUCUUCUUAUCCUCGAAGCCUUCCCUCAAGACUCAGGCAAAUACGAGUGUGUCGCAAUAAAUAGUUCUGGAGAGGCUAGAUGCGAUGCCGAAUGUGUUGUUAAUACACCAGCUACUAAAGAGAAGCCCAAGCCACAAACUAAGGCUGCGAAUGCUCCACCAGAGAUCAUUGAACCGAUGAAAGACCGCGUCGUCACCGAAGGUCAAGCUAUUGAAUUCAGCUGUAAGAUUGUCGGCAAACCGAUACCAACAGUACAAUGGUAUAAAGAAGACAGGUUGAUUAAACCAUCAAAGUACUUCCAAAUGUCACGUACUGCUGACGACUACACACUACGCAUAUCGGAAGCUUUCCCCGAAGACGAGGGUGAUUAUAAAUGCGUUGCCUACAAUUCAGCUGGAAGAGUUACAGUGGCUGCUAAACUGAAAGUGACGCAGCCGGAUCAAGCUGACAAUUUACCAACAUUGACACCGUUGCGUGACGUAAUCGUAUAUGAGGGUCAACCUGCACAAUUCAAAACUCAAAUUACCAGCAAGGUCAAACCUACCAUCCAAUGGCUACGGGAAGGUGCUCUCAUACCUGAAACACCUGACUUCCAGAUGAUCCACGAAGGAAACAACGCAGUACUGCUAAUCGGCAGUACCUACGAAGAGGACACCGGCAUAUUCACUUGCCGCGCCACAACCGUCGCCGGCCAAGUGGAGUCAUCAGCUAAACUAGUCGUCAAAAGUAAGACAUAGAUACAGGCAGCGAGCGUCGCACUUAAUCCAUUAAUGUAGUGUUUCUUUGUUUCUCUAAUGAGAUCGGGUGAAAACUACUAAGUUGACAAGCGAUUUAUCGUAGCGGUUCGACCAACCCGUAGUCGUAACACACGACGACCACUUUCACCAAAAACCAUUUCAUUGCCGCCGAUUGUACAGACAAAUCUAACAAAGUCAAAGGAGUUCAACUCCGUAUACGAAUAUUGCAUCUAACAGUGUAUAUAGCUUUUUGUGUAUUUUAUGGAGGGUGACGGCAGAUCUUCGGGCCAGGUGACAUUAGAUUCCACUCAUUUAAAAAUAUUUGCGAUUUUAACUUAACACUGUAAUGUAAAUACAAAUAAUAUCAGUGUCGAGAAAAAAAAUUAAAAACUAAAAAGCAUGUUCAUGUCUUAUCAUUAGGAGAUUUUAUUGUUUCACAUAUGAACUUUCUUUUGAUACCAAUACCUUACGGUAUGAAAUCUAAGUGUUCGUAAAAAUAUGUUAAUGUAAGUUGGAGUAGUUAAAGGUAUUUUUGUAAAACGUUUAAGCUUGACAAAUAAAACAAGGUUUACACGUAACAAGUGAUUAACACGACACACGAUUACUCGACAAUUGUUUUGUUUUGCUUUACCGCUACGAUGUCUAUUAAUUUGAUAGAUUUUACAAAAUUAUUAUCGAAAACACAUUGCGUGGUACACCAGAAACGUAUUCGUGUACUACCAUGUAUUUUUCACCCAAUACUCUUUAAUUUAAUUAAGCCUGCUAAAGUUAACGAUUUAUUGGCCUCAUUAACAGUAACAAUGUUUAUACAAUCAUUUUCAUGCUUUAUGUGUUCAAUUGACGCGAUAUAAUUCAUCUAAAUGAUUUCAGCAUAUGUAGACAGAUGUUUAAAUGAACCUCAGUGUGACAGGAAUUUGCUGUGGCAAAAGUUUAAUUGUACCAUCAAGUCCCUGUACCUGUGCUAGCAUGGAUAUUUGUUUUAUAUACUGAAAUUCGAUUCAGACUCAUAUCUAACUUUGCACGUAGGCUGCGAUGUGUUUCGUCGUCACCAGUCAUCUAACAGCUACGACUAACUUUGUCAGUGUCGCGUCAGAUAUCAACACGAAUUCGAAGAUGUAAAUAGUUCAGCGUUUGUAGGUGCCGGGCUUUGGGUGGGUCGUUCUCGUGAACAAAGUUACUCGUGGUUGCUUUAUCAGUAAAUAUUACCGCUGUCAACUGCCCCGUGACAAAGAAACAUAGUAGUGCGACAUAGC